AAAACCGGAUUGGAAAAGGAUCAGGGGAAAAUUCUCCAUUGCUUUUUAAAUUUAUGGCUUGAAUUUUGGUUCGAAACCGUUUUGGCCUGGGCCCACGGCUCAUGGGCCGAAAGGAAAAAUCAAUAAUCAACCUACGCCCGUGCAUGAGGUUCUCCAUAACUAAACAGACACUAUGCCGGGAGACAGCACCAAAAUACCUGUCAGCGAAGAGGUUCAUGACCAUAUUCAUGAUGACCUUGCAGAGUCCGUUGAAGAGCUUCGAUCAAAGCUGGAGGCGAUGAAGAAACUUUUGGCAGAAAACCAGUCCCAGAACAGAAGAGAAAAUGGGUUGUUUAACCAUUCCAAUGAACCGCCGACAUACAGUUAUUAUCCACCAGCAAGGUACGAGUCACUCAUCGAUGGCAAUUUUCUCAGUGUGGUGUUUGCAGUAGUCUUCCUACUCAUCGUCGGCGUUAGUUUCUAUGCUUUUCAAAACUUGUACUUCGCUGUACUCAAGAAGUUUCCCUCGAGGCACACAGAACUGUAGGCCAUUUUGACCAUUCUUCAGUAUUUAUUGAGUGCUUCCUUUUAUAUCGGGUGCUCUAGGGUUUUUAUUACCUAGACUAAUUAUUGAAUAUCGAUUUUAAACCAAGUAGUCUUUAAAUAUCGGUGCUAAAUGAAAAUUAAAUUUUCUGUUGUUUUUAAGUGAGUAGGGGUUUUAAUAAUAGAUAUAUUAAAAUGUGCCAAACUAAAUAAAAGACGUUAAGGAAUUGGGGAUCAUGCACGGUUAUGAAAAGUACUGAUCUCAGGCUGUUUAUCGGUGUUAAUUUAAUGUUUGUAACUGUGUACAAAAAUUUCUUAUCCGUGCAUUUUCUCUGAUCAC